AUGAACAUUUUCCCACCUCAGCAUACAUACAGUGAGUGACCGAUCUCAUGAAGCGUUGGCUGAAAUUCUGAAAUGCGUUUUCGAUUGGGAAGGAUUACUUGAUCGCGGUUGUGAUACUGAUUAUCUUAACUCAUACUGUUAUAACAUUUAAGACUUGGCAGGAUAUCGGCUUUUAAGUGCACUUCUUUUCAAUCUCCUGUAGAAAGCAUACUCGGUAAAAAAUGACUACUUAAGAAGCAUGCAUUUUUUCCAUUGAUUUUCAAUGGUCUUGGAAAUUCAAAUAUAUUUCAUAGAAACCAUAAACAAAAAUAGGCUUUCUUCUAAUCAAUCAAUAGAGCAUCACGUCUUCUUUAUAUUUUAUAAUUAAGGAAGGAGUGUAAUUAGGUUUUAAAAAAGUUUCUAAUAAUGAGACUUUUUAAGACCGCGAAAUGUCCGUUCACAUAGAAUCGCACCUGGCCGUUUACCACUGCUCCUCAUGAAAUGUACAACAUGGUCCGCAUCCAUUGCAACAUUUUAUGGACUCUCUAUGAUAUCUCUUUAAUGGCAUAGAAAAAUAUGUAAUUUUCUUUACGCGGAACGCAUGCACUUUGUGGAGGGAAAUCACUAAGCGCUAAUACAACGAAUGAGCAGGCUCCAAAUUAUUCGGCAAUUGGAAAACUUUUUUACAACCUAAUUAUACUCCUUCCUUAAGUAUAAAAUAUAAAGAAGACGUGAUUCUCUAUUGAUUGACUAGAAAGAAGCCUAUUUUUGUUUAUGGCUUCUAUGAAAUAUAUUUGAAUUUCCAAGACCAUUGAAAAUCAAUGGAAAAAAUGCAUGCUUCUUAAGUAGUCAUUUUUUACCGAGUACGCUUUCUACAGGAGAUUGAACAGAAGUGCACUUAAAAGCUGACAUCCUGCCGAGUCCGAAAUGUUAUAAGAGUAUGCCUUAAGAUAAUCAGUAUCACAACCGCGAUCAAGUAAUCCUUCCCAAUCGAAAACGCAUUUCAGAAUUUCAGCCAACAUUUCAUGAGAUAGGUCACUCACUGUAAGUCGGCAAUUUAUUUAGGCGCAUCCACUCAGUUUGUGUCAUUUACUAGUGCAGCAAAUUAUAAAACAAUAAUUUAACCCACACGCACCUAUGGCAUCACAUAUGCUUAUAUUUUUCAAUAAUUCACGAUGUGUAGAUGGGUCGCUGACUGGCUUUAUAAGAGACCUCUACGUCCCCAGGCAACAUCCAAACUAACCCCUCUUCCGUCUUCGUCAUUUAAUUAAACGUGCAAGGUACAUAGUUCUGCAAUUUGAUAGAAGUCUGCUGUUUUUUAAUUACAAUGGGGAAACACGUUUGCCUACUCUGAAAAGUCGCUUUGUGAUUGACGGUAUUUUUGUUUUGUCUGCUACACUUCCUUCUUCGAUAAAUCGAAGUUUUUUUCAUUGAAAAAAAAUUUCUGGAGCACGCUUUCCUGCUCACGUCUGGUCCAUGUAUAUCCACGUGUAAAAUACCUAUUAAAGGUAAAAACACGACCCCACCGAUCCCUUCAAGCUUAAACAUAUCGUACGGAGAUUUAACAUGACAGUCCAAUUCAGUAUAAAUAGACCCACUCCUCCGGCGUAGGAGAGAAGUCAUCCGAAGUGCAUUCUACUGUUUGUGGACACGAAGAGCAAAGACCAAUCUCUGUGAGUCUGCAAUCUUUCAGUUUACCAUAUUGUCUAUUUCAUUUGCAUGCGCUUUAAUGCCAGCGAGAGUGUUUAAUCGUUAACUUGCUAUAUUUUUAAAAGCAUAACGCGAUCCAUCAUGCAACAGGUUGGAAAGAACACGUCAACAACACUAUUGCGAAAAGCCCGAUUAUGCUAUGCUAGUGGUGAGGACUCAAAAUAUGCAGAAAGGGGAUGCUUGCUUAAACAUUUAUAGAAUAUGAGCUUUGGAUCAAACUGACAAGUGGAAUUAGCAAAUGAUUUAGUAUGAAAAAUGUCAGAGAGUUGGAAAAAAACAACCAACCUGAGAUGGAACUAGUAGGAUGGUGACGGAAUUAUGCCAACCCAUGACACUCAACUGUUACUUACAGCCGGUAUCCAUGUUUAAUUAGAUUAAGAAAUCUGAACCAACUGAAAAUACUACGAAUGGCAGAACAUAUUCAUCCCGAGGCAACUAACUGAGUAAAUAAACUGACCACACAUUCCCACAAUGAAUUAGUUCACAAUAAAAGGAAAAGUUAAAGAAACCGAUGGACAUCAUAUAAGACCUCAAGGAUACGCUGCAGCAUAAGCUGCGCAUCGGAAGCGUGUGAAAAACCACAACUGUCCGACCGUCGUUGCGGACGAUGCCAUCGUGCGCCCUACAACUAGGUUAGAGCAGGCACGGUGACUUGUGCGUGAGUCAGUUUAUAGCGGUAGUAGACUUCCAUAGUAUCUGCCACACUUGCUCAUCCUGCUUACCACAUUGACUCGGUGUCAAGGCAGAGUCAAGAAGAGGUCGGAGGAAAAGGGGGAACCGGCUGAAAAUAACCAAGAGUGCCAAAAACCGUACAGAAAAACAAAGUAUUUUAUCUGUUAGCAGCAUUGGAAGGAGCAAGUGCUUAGGUGUUUAAUAUGGUAGUUACUUUAAGCACGCGCAUGCUGCGGGGAAAGUUAUAUGACCUAUGAGCCGAGGUUCAUACAUUAGUAACUUAUAUAAACAAAUGUUACUUACAGGUUCACAGCAGUAUCAUGACAAUGAUGAGUUUUAGCAAGUGAUAUCAAGACGACAACGGCCGGACGGCAUUGUGAUGCGCACUGCGGUGUAGACCCAGUUUCCUUUUAAAAGGUUAUACGGGUGCAGAAAUAACAAUAUCGCUUUAUAUGUUCAUUUACGUCAAGCUUUGCACAACAUAGUGAACAAUAAUUUCUGUCAGUCUUUUGAUUAAUUCAGAAAAGUAUUUGGGCCGAGUAUCACUGCUAAAGAUGAUUAGUAUUUGCCUCAUAUUUAACUAGUAAUUAUUUUCUCUAGGGAAAAAUGCGAUCACAGUCCUGGAUCAUUUGUGCCCUUCUGCUGCUGCUAUAUACCAAAAGCAACUUUGGCCUCCCCCAAAAUUUUAUCAAUAUUAUCAUGGAAUAUCACAACCUCGCGAGAAAAUCUGUACAUCCGACUGCGUCAGAUAUGCAGACACUGGUGAGUACAAACAUCUGAGUGGAAACGGAUGGGAUGCAACCCUCCCCCCUAAAGCAACGAUUCUGAUACUGUUAUUUUCUUUCAGACUUACGACACCAAGUUGGAGGCAUUGGCUCAGGAUUGGGCGAAACUCUGUAAGAUGGUACACCCUAGCAAGGAUAAUUUAAAAUACAAGCCGUACGGACAAAAUCUGGCUGCUAGUGGCAAUCGAGAGCUUAUCGAUAGUCUUCACGUUGCAUUGACUGGAUGGUACGCGGAGAGGGGCUACUAUCUCACUGCGUAUAAUUCUUGUUCAAAAGAGCCCUGUGGACAUUACACCGCGGUAGGCGCAGCCACAUACCAUUGGAUUAGUAGAUUUCAAGGUCUUUGUUGAUUGUUCUUUUGAGCUUAUUCACAGUAUCUUUUAUCUCCCACGACAGAUGAUUUGGGCAAACACAACCAAAGUAGGCUGUGCAUACGCUAGGUGCGACAACUUAUUCAACACGAAGUCAUAUCUGUGGGCAUGCCAAUACGAGCCCAGGCAAGUUCUCCUUUUCGAUAGUUUACUUACGGGAUGUUGCAUGAUUGCAUGACUGCCUAAAUAUGCUCGAACGUCGCAGAUGAGGGAAAUUGCCCUGGUGAAGUUGGCUGACGUCUUGUGAGACUAGAUGAUCUUAUGGCACACGACUGACGACCUACGGCAGUGAGACAUGCAUUCGCUCGCAGUGGGCGUCGGUUAGCAGUGGCCGCCCAGUGUGACUACAUUUGAUGCCGUUGUUGUAAUCCGCAGAAUAGAGCUGACAGGAAAAUUUCCAAGGUGCUUGAAACUCAUAUAAAAAUAAGGAGAUUGUUUAAAGGCUGAGCAUAGCACUAAUCGGACAAUUUCGCGCUGGCCUUUGAGAAUUGCGCCGAUAAUACUUUGCUGACAGAUUAUUUAAUCUGUCCGCGUUGUGAUUUUGAUGAUAUAGCCUGUCUUUUUCGUAAAUUGUGAACUGCAUGCGCAUGUGCUGCAUUAUCAUCCAUAUGCUUCCUGGGUAAAUAUUCCAAAUUUAGCCUGACAUUUAUGGAUUUACUACUUUAAGGUAAUUUCAUGACAUGCUAUGACAAUGCCAAGAUAUACAGUGGAUGUGCUAACUCAUGAAAUGUUAACCAAAAUUUCGAAAUGCGUUCUCGUUUCAAAAAGAUUAAUUAAGUAGUGUUGUAAAACUUAUCAGGACACAGCAUAGAUCUGUAAUAAUCCAGGUACCUCAGGGUGUCGGCUUUCGAAGGAACUUUUGUUUCGGCUGCAUGCAAGAUCUAUACUCUGCAAAAAUGGCUACUUAUGUUGCUUGAAAUUUUCUCAUUGAUUUUCGAUGCCCUUGAAAAUUCAAUUAUAUUUCAUUCUUUUACUUAUUCGAUAGAACAUCACAUCUUUUUCCAACUUCACACUCAAAAGAAGAAUGUAAUUUGGUUUUAAAAAAACUUUUCUAAUUCCUGAAUAAUUUUGAAGCCGACCUGCUGUUACACUUGCAUUCAGGGUUUCAAAACUACAAGCCGUAUCUUUUCCGUGUACGGAAAACCUUGCAUUUCUCUACGGUGUUAAGAAGAAACCAUAUGAGGUUCAUAAAAUUAAGCAGUGGAUUUGAGUGGAUUUGUACAUGCAGAUACAUGACGUUGCAUGAACGACCAUUUAACGGUAUUAAAAAAUCUUACAAUUAGAAACUUUUUAAAACCGAAAUAUACUCUUCUUUUGAGUAUAAAAUUGGAAGAAGACGUGAUUUUUUACCAAAUAAGUAAAAGAAUGAAUAUUGGUAUGCAUGUAUUCCACGAAAUAUAAUUGAAUUUUCAAGGGCAUCGAAAAUCAAUUAGAAAAUUUCAAGCAACAUAAGUAGUCAUUUUUUGCAGAGUAAAGAUCUUGCAUGCAGCCGAAACAAAAGUUCCUUCGUAAGCCGACACCCUGUGGUAUCUGGAUCACUAUAGAUUUAUGCUGCAUCAUGAUUAUUUUUACAACACUACUUAAUUUAUCUUUUCGGAACGAGAACGCAUUUCGAAAUCUUGUUGACAUUUCAUGAGUGAGCACAUCUACUGUGCUUAUACAGUAAACAGUCUAGGAAGCCUCUGGAUUUCCGAAGAUACGUGCAUUCACCCAACUCUUUGAAUAUAUUGCCGACUGAAGAUAUUUGAGUAGUAAAACUAAUAUACUUUUGAAGCGACCGCAUACAAAGUCCCCGGAGUGGGCGAACUUCUGUUAAGUUUUCACAAUAAAAUAAUAAAGCCCAGAAAUGUAUUUUAACGGACGGCAAAUAUAUGUUUAACCCUGCCUACGGUAGAAGUGCAGUGAUACAAUCUGUCAAGCGACAUACCGAAGACUGUUCGUAAUUUAAAGGUAGUAAUGAAGUAGUAUUGUGGAUCUGAUUUUAGUCCAGCAUAUACGCAAGGUAUUUCAGCGCCUUAAGGAUGGGAGCCUUGGAAGGAGUUUCAUUUCGGCUGUCUGAAAAAGCUUCACGCUGAAAAUUACUUCUUAUGGAUUAGGAAUUUUUCCCACAGUUUUCACUACCAACAGUAUCUGCAGUAGAUAUGUCAUGUUAUAAUCUGUCAACUUGAAUUCUGAAGGCUGUUUGUAAUUUAAAAACCGCACUUUAGAAGUUUUGUGAUGUUAUUUUUUGUCCAGAACGAUCGCAAAGUGCUUCAGGCUGUUUAAGCUGCGGGCUACAGAACGAGCCUUAUUUCGGCCGUCUGUGAGAGCUACACAACAAUAUUACCGCUCGUGCAUUAUGAGUUUUUCUCAUUGAUUUUUGCAUGUUAAAUUUAUUUUAAACAAUUUAUGCCUAAAGAUAUUUAUUUGAUUAAAAUAUUACCGUCUCCUUAAGUUACUGCUUUAAGAAACGGUAAAGUCUGGUUUUAGGACGGUUUUCAAUACCCACAUACAGUGAGUGACCUAUCUCAUGACAUGUUGGCUAAAAUUCUGAAAUGCGUUUUCGAUUAAGAAGGAUUACUUGGUCGCGGAUGUGAGGCAGAUUAUCUUAAGGCGUACUGUUAUAACAUUUCGGACUUGAUAGGAUGUCGGCUUUUAAAUGCAAUUCGUAACCAAUUUCCUGUAGAAAGCGUGCGCGGUAACAAAUGACUACUUAAGUAGCAUGCAUUUUUCCCGUUGGUUUUCAAUGGUCUUGGAAAUUCAAAUAUAUUUUAUAGAAACCAUAAACAAAAAUAUGCUUUCUUUCAGGCAAUCAAUAGAGAAUCACGUCUUCUUUAUAUUUUAUACUUCAGGAGGAGUAUACUUAGGUUUCAAAAAAGUUUCUAAUUAUGAGACUUUUUAAGACCGCGAAAUGUCCAUUCACAUUGCAUCGUACCUGGCCGUUUAUAACUGCUCCUCAUGAAAUGUACAACAUGGUCCGCAUUUAUUUCAACAUUUUAUGGACUCUGUAUGAUAUCUCUUUAAUGGCAUAGGAAAAUAUGUAAUUUUUUUACGCGGAAUGCAUGCACUUUGUGGAGGGAAAUCCCUAAGCGCUAAUACAACGAAUGAGCAGGCUCCAAAUUAUUCGGAAAUUAGAAAACUGUUUUAAAACCUAUUUAUAAUCCUUUCUUUAGUAUAAAAUAUAAUGAAGACGUGAUUCUCUAUUGAUUGCCGAAAAGAAAGCAUAUUUUUGUUUAUGCUUUCUAUAAAAUAUAUUUGAAUUUCCAAGACCAUCGAAAAUCAAUGGGAAAAAUGCAUGCUACUUAAGUACUCAUUUUUACCGAGCACACUUUCUACAGGAGAUUGAAAAGAAGUGCCUUUAAAAGCCGACAUUCUGCCGAGUCCCAAUUGUUAUGUGAGUAUGCCGCUAGAUAAUCAGUAUUACAACUGCGACCAAGUAAUCCUUCCUCAUCGAAAACGCCUUUUAGAAUUACAGCCAACAUUUCUUGAGCUCGGUCACUCACUGUAACUUUGAGCCUGACCUACUAUUGCUCUUGCAUUCCGAGUUGUCAAACUAAAUGCCGCAUAUUUCCCUUGUAAGAAAAAUUAUACGUACGCCGUUGAGAUGUCAUAUGGCACGCUAAAUAUUUAGUAAGUGUAGGCCGCGUUGUACACUUUAUAAGCAGUGCCAAUUAAUGGGCAUUCCUUGAUCUUAAAAGACAUAAUUUCCCGCCAAACGUACAUAUGAAGGGAUGCCUUCGAGCAUACAUUCAUCGAAAUAAACUCUAAUUUACAAAAACAUCUAAGACGAUGGUAAAAAUGCCUACUGUAUAAAUAGGCAUUUUUAGAGUGUGGCUUUGGCAGGCGACCCAAGAGAAUCGCGUUCAAAGCUCCACACCUGAAGUGAAUAAAAUAGCUUGUAAUCAUUUUCUAUGACGAUUCAUAUUAUAACAACACUAUUUAAGAAAUAUUUUUGAAUCCAAGACAAUUGUUUUCCUUUGACAUUUUGUAAGGCAGCAGAUCUGCUGCAAACGUUAACGGCCAUCGAGAGAUAAGUGCGCCAACUGUAAAUUGAAUACCAGUUCACAGAACACAUAGGCAGACACUGAUCGCAUUUUAGUACGGUUAACACAAAUCGCCCGGUAGGUAAAAGAAUCUGUAGGAGAAGACGUCACAUGGAAAGAAGAUAUUGUUCUAAUUUGAGUUUCUGCUGUGUUAAAACUUUCAGCGGAAACUGGAUAGGCAAGAUACCGUACAAAUUCGGACGUCCUUGCACGCAAUGCAGAGCCGGACAACAAUGCAAAUUGAAGCAGUGUUAUUAA